UGCUUUAUGUUUGGAAGCCAUUCUCUCGUUGAAGAAUACGAAGAGUCAACAUGAAGGUUUUCGGUCCUGUUGUUCUGCUGGUCGCGACUUUUUUCUCCCCAUCUAAAGGGGACAAGUCAAUGUACAAAAUGGAGUCGUACGAUAAUGAAAACUACAAAGUGAUGUGGAAAUACGACAUGCUCAAGGACGAGUUUCUUUUUAACGUCACCGUGAACGCAACCGGCUGGGUUGGCUUCGGUGUGUCGGAAAAAAAAGGAAACAUGAUGGGUUAUGAUGUGAUGGUGGGAGGUUUCUCCAACAAUUCCGGUUAUGCAAAGGAUUAUUUUACGACAGGGAAAAUGAUGCCGAUGCCAGAUAAAGUACAAAAUUACAUGAUGAUGAGCGCCUCGGAAAUGAACGGCUACACAAACUUGGUGUUCUACAGGAAGAGGGACACUGGUGAUGCUGAACAAGAUGUAGUAAUUAAGCCAGGUAUGAUGUACCUCAUCUGGGCAUAUCAUAAAAUGUACGAUGUCAAUAUGACCGCGAAUGGAACAUUCAUGGCACACACUGCAAAGGGUGCAGUGGCCUACACUUUCAUCGAUUACAACAUGAUGAAAAUAAAUGACAACUACAGGCUGUAUUGGAAAUACGAUCAAAGCAUGGACAUGUUUUACUUCAAGAUCGUGGUGAAAACAACAGGUUGGGUUGCCUUUGGCUUUGCCAAUAUGGUUGGAGGAAUGAACGGUUACGAUGUGAUGGUUGGCGGAGUAAACGGCGAUAAAGGAUAUAUUGGGGAUUACAUGACGAAAACUACCUCCCAACCUCCAAAAGAUGAAAGUCAGGACUUCGUUUUGAUGGAUCAGGAGGAACGGGAUGGCUACACAAUGUUGUCAUUCAAGCGUAAGAGGGACACUGGUGACGCGGCUGGCGACAUCGUAAUAAAGAACACGGAAAUGUACCUUAUAUGGGCUUUUCGCACAACCGAUGACGUAAUGAAUGAUGGCAGCUUUCAACAACACUCUCAGAGAGGAUCAAUGAAGGUCGUCAUGGAUUUCACAACACCUGACAUACCUACUGAAAAAUCUGGAUCCACAGCGAUGUACGUUCCAUCCUUAUUUGGAGUCCUUGCCGUUCUUUUUCUUAAUUAUGUGAUCGGUGCCUAAGUUCCAAACGAACAGUCGACCAGGCUGACCUGAUGCUCGUUAAACAAGCUGCAAUAGUACUUAAUCAUCCAGUGCGGCAGCACUUUUUAAACCUGAUUAAUGCAUCACUGUUUGGCAUCAAGCUUCACAUACUGACUUGUAAGAGUGGGUGGGUGGGGAGAGAGAGGGGUUGGUCAGUGCCAAGAUUUGCCCUUAAGCUACGAUUUUUCCUCAUUAGUUCUUGUAGUUAACCAUUUUUUCAAUUCCAUGUCAUACUUUAAUAAAGUUAAGGGAGAGUCGAUCGACGAUGUAUUGUUACACGACGGCAUGAUUAGCAUGAGAUGAAAACAGUAUUUGAUGAAA